UACCGUGUUAGCGUCACAGUUUGAGUCUCUUGUUUUAUUGACUCUGUAAAAAAAGUUGCUUGAUGUUUUCAUACUUGGGUUAUUUGAAGCAUUCCGAUUUCGAUACCGAAAAUUGUUGAUAAUACUAUGCAAGGACCGAAAAACUCCACGGGCUCUGAUCUGGAACCAAAAACGGAUCCUGUUCCGGAAGCAGGCCCGUCUUCGACUCGUCCGAACGAUGUGUACUGGCAAGCAGCAUUCCGAGUUGGUGAAAGUAUGCUACAACCUGACUCGAAGAAGAAAAUUCUAAAAGAACAUUUUGGAGCCGUGUUGAGAAACAAUCGAAGGAAAGCACUGGCCCCUUAUAGUAAAUGUCGCCCAAGAGCAGAACAAACAUCGAUAUUCCUUAAUGCAGCUAUGGUCAACAACACUGAGCUUUUGCAAGAUAUGAUCAACAAAGGUUUUGAUCCGGAUACCAGAGAGCAAACAUUCAAUCGAUCAGCAUUGCAUAUUGCUUGUAGCAGAGGCUUCACAGACGCCGUCCGAUUGCUAUUAGAGAAUGGAGCCAAUCCAAACAUACGGGAUCUUAAUGCGAACACGCCGCUUCAUUUGGCUUCUUGCACGGAAAAUAUUGCCAUCAUAGAUCUACUGCUCAAAUUUGGCACGAAUGUUACGCUUCGUGAUGCUAGCGGCUUGAUUGCGUUGGAGAUCGCGAUCGGGAAACUUCGAUUAUCAGAUAGAAUCAUUUCAAAAAUGCAACGAUUGACUAAAAGUGACAUCCACAGUCAUCGAAAUAAUGUGGUACGUGUUUGUGAAAUGAUUUUCCAAGUUUUCAAACAGCAAGUUCGCAGUGGAAGCCUACUAUAUCUGGAUCCGAGCGAAGCGGGUCACAUGCAGCAGCGUCAACUAGAGGAAAUGCUGGAUGAUCUUAGUGAUCAGUUGGAUAGAAUAAGAAGUAAAAACAUCGAUUUCGACAGUAUCGUAGAUCAAGUACAGAAUUUGAACCUCAAAUCCGAAGUAGACAGUGACGUAGAUACGAUGCUUUCAACAUUGCAGAAGUUGGCUGUUUAAUUCCUAAAUUAAUAUUUCGCGGUUCGAAAUAUGCCUUUUAUUGGGGCUAUAUUUCCUAUAAUCUGAUGAGUUUAAGAACUGAAAGAAAUGUUAGAACUUCCUUUCUAUACAUUUUAAAUUAUGUAUGCUUGCGUGUAGAUUUAAUUGAUACAAUUGCAAUAAA